AAAGAAACAAUUAAAGCAAGCAAAUCAUAUCUCAAGUUAGUAAAUAGCUUUUAUCAUUUUACUCUUCUUUUUCCUCUUUCUCUCUCUUAUUGCAUUAUUGCAGCAGCAGCCAACACUUGUUGUCUCCGCUUUCUCUUGCUAAACCCAUCUUCUCUCUUUUUUACUUGUUAAUUUCAUUUUUAUGUAUAUUUCGUUUUUCUCUUUUGGAGUUUCUUCUACUGACUACUGCUGGUAGGUGCAUGGAUUUGGUAAGGUUUCUCAACCUUCAAAUACCAAAACUUUUAAAUUUCUUUUCUUAUUCUAUGACUAUAAUUUUAUGAAUUAACCAUGUUUCAUCUUUCUUUAAUCUCUCUUAUAUUGCAUUUUUAAAUUAUUGCUUGGAAGCUAGUAGGAAAAAAAGAGAGCUUUUAUAAUGAAGUGAAACUUAAAACCGCAAGUUUAUAUUUGUUUUAUAUUUUUCUUGUUUUGCUUUCUUCCCAUUUCAUGGGAUCUAUUCUAGUUAUAUAUUUCUGCACUUCCCAUUUCGUUUUUUCAGUACAAUAAGCUUGCCCAUUUUGGGAAUUUUCUUUUAAAAAAUAUCAAAAUAGAAAAUUGGAAAAUAGAGUUGUGUUAGCUUCAACUGAAAAUUUCUUUUAAAACCUUUGUUUGUAUUGCUUUUGCUUUAUGUUUCGCCAAAUUAUCCCAAUUAUAUCUGAAAUUUCUUGUAAAACGAGAAAAAGCAUUUGAGCGAAGAAGAAGAAGAAAAGACACAACUUUUGAAUGGAUUGGAACUUCAGACUCAGCUCCGGUUAUUUACCCGAAUUCGAUCAAGAAUCUGUACCGGAUUUAACCCAGAUCGAUGGCUCGAUCUCAUUUGGUGGGUCAUCAUCAUCACCAAGAUUGCAGCCAAAAGGGGAUUUCUCAUUUGAUCUGAAACUUGGAAAAAACAUUGGAAACUCCUCAUCCUCUGCUUUUUGUAAUACAGAGCAAGUGAUAAGUCUUAGUAAGUGGAAAGAGAGUACAAUGGCAAAAUCAGAGGCUUCAAGAAGCUCUUCAUCGUCGAAGAGGACGAGAGGGAAUGGUAUUGGGAAUGGGAACAACCAGAUGCCCAUUUGUUUGGUUGAUGGAUGUAAUUCUGAUUUCAGUAAUUGUAGAGAGUACCAUAAGAGACAUAAGGUUUGUGAAGUCCAUUCAAAAACUCCCGUGGUUACAAUCAAUGGCCAUAAGCAAAGGUUUUGUCAACAAUGCAGCAGGUUUCAUGCCUUGGAAGAGUUUGAUGAAGGGAAGAGAAGUUGUAGGAAACGUCUUGAUGGACAUAAUCGAAGAAGACGGAAGCCUCAGCCCGAUCAUAUCGCCGCUCGUCCUGCAAACUUCUUCGCCGGUUUCCAAGGUAGUAAAUUUCUGGAGUUUUCAAGCGCUUCACAUGUGUUUCCAACUACAUCUGUCGUGAGCCCGAGCUGGGGAAACGGUCUUGUAAGCGUCGCUAUGGCCAAUGGUUCGGGUUACGGGCAGAACCAGGGUUAUGCUUGUUCUUCUCCUGCAAAGACAGGCAUAAUGUUCCCAAUCUCUUCUUCUCAAAACAGCAGAGGGAAACAACAAUUCCCAUUCUUGCAAGAAGAAGAGAGCUCGAGAACAGCAUCGUUGUGUGAGAGAAUGACGAGUUGCAUCCAUGACUCUGAUUGUGCUCUCUCUCUUCUGUCAUCCUCUUCCUCAUCAGUCCCUCAUUUGCUUCAGCCGCCACUUUCUUUGUCCCAAGAUGCAGUAGAGACAGUUCUUUACGGGUCGGGCUUGUUUGAGAAUGCGAGUGCGGUCUCUGAUGGAUCGGUUAUAUCUGGUAAUGAGGCUGUGGCUCUUCCACAAACGUUCCCGUUUCACUGGGAGUAGUAGUAGAAGAAGAAGUAGAUAGAUAGAAUCAGAAAGAUGUUUGUGUGUUCCUCUCUGUCUCUCUUCUCUUUCUCCCUCGUUUUUCAUUGUUUCUAUAUCAUUUGUUCUUGUUAAAUGCUGAAUUGUGGAUGUUUAAUGACAUUCGAUUAGCUAAUUUGUAGGUUGUAUUGGAUUAGCAGCUAAGAGUUAUGUACACAUCCCAUUCCCUGUACUAUAAAAGUCAUAAAUCAUAUAAAGAAUUUUUAGAACCA